AUGGGCUCCACGCUGUACCACGCGCGACCGAGGCCGUUUACUCGCGACACGACCAUCGGUGACUACUUCCCCUCGUACGACCGCUGGGCCACUUCGAACACCGGUGCGCACCACUACGACUUCGAUAGACACAACGCCGAGUUGGAGGAGCUGGACCGAAGCGGACGCCGCGCGAGGUCAGCGAGCGGGGGCCUCGGGAUCGUCAACAGAUCGUGGGCCACGUCCCCCGUCACGUCUCCCGUCUUGUCGUCGCGUCCUGCCUUCAAGCGCGAAGGCUUGCAGAACCUGGGCAAUACGUGCUACAUGAACGCGGUGCUUCAGUCGCUACUCUCCCUGGAGACGUUCGUGUCGGACAUGAACAGAGAUGAAUUCAUUCAGGCGCUGCCUUACACGUCGUUCUACCAGGCCCUCCUGCAGAUCGCUGUUGAAAUGAGGCGCGAGAAGCACGGCAUCAUUAAUCCGUGGCCAGUCAAAGACGCCGUUGCUCGGAUGGCCAAGCAAUUCUCGGACUGGAUGCAACAGGAUGCGCACGAGUUCUUGGUGAGCUGCCUGGAUCAGUUGGAGGGCGAAAUCGACAAGAUCGGCCAGGAUAGCCGCGAGAAGGCCAAAGCGGAGGUCGGCGCGAGCUCCUCGAGCUCAACGCUGGUCAUUCUGUCGGAAGAGGAGAAGCAAGCCGAACGCGUAAGGAACGACAAGUGCCCGAUCUUCCUCAACUUCGAGUCGGAGGUGGAGCACACCUUCACCUGUCGCAAUCCAGCCUGCGAAAACGUAGCCCGAAAGCCGGAGAUCUUUAGGGACUUCUCACUCGAGAUCAUCGAACCGCCGCCCGGAGCAAGCGAGACAGACAAACGCAGUAACAAGCCAUCGGUGCAAGACCUGGUCAAGUUUUGGUUUCAAGGCGACGAGGUUGUGGAAAUGCGAUGUGGCAAGUGUGAGGAGGCAGGAGAAGCAGAUGUCGGACACAACUUUCUACGACUUCCGCGUGUGCUCAUACUGCAUCUCAAGCGCUUCAAGCCGCUACCGACGGACAUCUUCACGAUCCGCAAGCUCCAGGACAUGGUCCGCCUCAACAAAACCAUUGAUCUCGGGCCGCUCAACCUUCCAUCUCACGACGCCGCGUUCAGUCCCACCUCUCGCUCUCCAUCUUCCUCGCAUUCGCCGUCGUCAGCCCCGUCUCCCUCUCCAUCAUCGCCCUUUUCGACCUCUGUGGCGUCGGUCAAGUCGUCGGAGUUCAAGGUGCCCGCACCGCAUUCCAAGGUGGUCGUUCCUCCCACGUCGUCAUUCCCCACCGGUGGUGCAAAAGGCGGGGAACGCAUCGACGACGACGACCUGUCUACGAUCAUCGAAGGAGGUCUCGCCAACAACAAGCGACAGCGGACGCAGAGCAGUGAUUCCACGAGCACCUCGACCAACGGCACCAAGCUGAGUGAGGAGGAGAUGAUGGCGCGAGCGCUGAAGGAGAGCGAAAUUACCUUUGCAGCGGUGGAGCAGGCCAAGGAGGAAGAGCGGAUCAGAAAGGAGCAGGAGGAGCUCGACAUGGCCAUCGCCCUGUCGUUGGAGGAGGGACAAGACGAUGAACAGAGGGUCAGCAUGAAGAGGAAGAGGAGCACCAACGCCACUGAGAGAAGCAUCGUGGUGCAUUGGGGCGCCAAGGCCAGCAUGGGUCACUACACCUCCUACGUACAUAAUCCCACGUCGGGCCAGUGGAAGGAGUACAACGAUGACAGAGUCUACGAGUUGAAGGAAUCGGCAGCCUUGGGCGAACAAGCGGAGAAGAACGGAUAUCUGCUCUUCUACGUCCAUGACUCGGUACAACACCCAGCGCGGUUCCCAGAAAGGCGGCCACAAGCGAAGCUACGAUGGGCGCAGGCGUCGCGAAGAUCCGCAAGGCAGAAAGCAGGAAGCCGACGAAGAGGAAGAGAGGGAUCGCGUGACGAUGGACGUCAUGACAACAGCGAAGAGGAGAAGAAGGAGAAGAAAACGAAGAAGCCCUACAACUUCGACGACGCGAUGGACGCGUGCAGCAACGCGGCGGAGGACAGCGAUGACAUCCUCAAUCUCAGCUUCUUCGGCGAUCUGGCCAACAGCAGCACCAACGGUGCGGCUUCGGCGGAACCUCAUAAGCGCGACGAAGAGGAGCGCAAGACGACGCAAAGCCGAAGAGUAGAUGAAGAUGCGAGGGCGGCCACGCGAACGGUGACGGUAACGAAGCCCGCGAGGGAGGACGGGAGGACGAACGGCAAUCGGGAGGCCAAGGAGGACAGUGCUGAUGACGAAGAUGAAGAGCUCAAGCGGGCCAUCGCUCUGUCCCUCGCGGAAGCCACGGAGAAGGACACGAAAGCGAAAGCGGAAGAGGAGGCAAAGAGGCGGAAGCGCGCCGACGAGCAGGAGCGUAAGGCGAGCGUUGCGGUUGGCGGCGGCGACGAAGAAGAGAGCGGGCUCGAGGACAAGAGAAAGCGGAGGAAGAGGCAAGCACCGUGA